AUGGGGUCCUUGACGAAGACAGUCGUGUUCCUGUGCGUCGCAUCCUCCGUGUUAUGUACCCCGUUCAUCAAUAAACUACCGCCAGGACAAGAAUGGCCCAGAAGAGCUCAUUGAAACAACCAUUUAAUCAAGUUGAAUCUGCCGAGUCAACAGAGGGCGGAGUCACUAAAAAUGAAGAAAUACUUGUUCCUGCCGUUGUUGACGAGGACAAAGCUACUGGUGACGAUAAACCUAUAGAGACAUUAAAAGAUGAAGUCGAGAGAAUAGAUUACACAGGUGCCCAAGUAUGGAAAGUUUCAAUGAAAAAUAGCGCUCAACGUGUUAUUAACCAAUUAGCAUCUGAAAAAUUGAUAGCUUCAUGGGGAGGAAACCACUCGUCAAUCGAUAUACUUGUCAAGCCAAAAGCUCUAGAAAACGUGACAGCUGUUUUAAAAACUAAAGACAUUUCAUAUUACGUCAUGAUUGAAGAUUUGCAACAAAGAAUUAACGAAGAAAACCCACCUUUGGAUGAGAACGAAUUGGAGCUUCAGGAUAGAAGAGGUCACCGUAUGACAUGGAAGCAGUACCAUAGACUGGAAGAUAUUCACGGGUUUAUGGACUAUUUAGCAAAAACCUACCCUUCUAUCAUCAGUGUGAAGACUAUUGGAAAAUCCUUUGAAGGCCGCGACCUUAAGAUGUUACGAAUCUCAGACGGGAAACCUAGCAACAAAGCCGUAUUUAUUGACGGAGGUAUUCAUGCACGAGAGUGGAUCAGUCCUGCAGUUGUCACCUACUUCAUCAAUCAAUUCGCAGAAAACUUUGACGUCGAAUCCGAUGACAUCAAGAACAUUGACUGGUAUUUCUUGCCGGUUGUAAAUCCUGAUGGAUAUGAUUACACGCACAAGACUGAUCGUCUAUGGCGCAAGAACAGAAAAUACGGAUUUGGGGCCGGUUCUUGUACGGGCACAGAUCUUAACAGAAACUUUGGAUACCGCUGGGGAGGAAAAGGAUCUUCUACUUAUCCAUGCAGCGACAUUUACCGUGGCAGUGGACCGUUCUCUGAACCAGAAUCUAAAGCUAUUAACGAUUUCUUCAAGAGCACUGCUGUGAAAUUCUCAGCCUAUUUGACAUACCAUAGCUAUGGACAGUACUUGCUGUACCCAUGGGGAUAUGACAAUGCAUUGCCACCAGACCACAAGGACCUUGAAACCAUGGGCAAGCUCAUAGCUCAGGCAAUCCAAAACACAGGAGGAUCAAGCUAUCAAGUUGGGUCAUCCAGCGGACUACUCUACCCAGCCUCCGGUGGCUCCGACGACUGGGCCAAGUCCCAGAACAUCAAGUACACCUACACUAUUGAACUGAGUGACACUGGUCGUUAUGGCUUUGUGUUGCCAGCAACUUAUAUUGAACCUGUAGCUAGAGAAAACAUAGCCGGUGUCAGAGUCUUAGCCAGAUAUCUGGGCAAAAUAUAA